UUCUUGACUCUUGCCUUGAGACGCAAAGUACACGUACACGUACACUGAAGAACGUGUGGACGUAGGAACGACCGCAUUGUAAUUGUCUGUAUAGACACGGGAUAUGUUCAACAACGCCUACCGCGUACACGACUUGGCCGCACAGCUGGAUAACGAGCUGAUACAGGAAGAAGAGGAGAGGAAACCUGUGGUAAAGGAGAGUCUACCUUCCGACUUGUGUCUCUUGUCGAGGUUACCUUCAACAAGUUUCCUAGAACGAGAAGGCGAAUCCAGCGCACCAAAAUCGUUACAAGACCAACUUACACGUAGUCCAUCACCACCCACUUCUCCAACAGACAGCACCAACGAUUCUCAAGACGGUCGGAAGAGUACGAGCAAGUCAGAUGAUGGGGAGAGUAGUACCUCGUCGAAGAAGAAGAGCUGGUUCUCGUUAAGGGCUGCUACUCCUAAGAUGGCCGCUGGUUGGAGAGAACCACAGCCGUACGAGGUCUUCCGAGCGAUAGAGAGGAAAGACAUCAUGUUUCUUAUGGAAGUUCGGGAUCGGGCUUUUCAUCUAUUACUCAGGAAAAACGGAGACACGACACCACUAGUGCACGCGAUGCGAAUUGGAGAUUCACACAGCGACGUCGCGAUCCUCAUCGUUGGCGCCAUGUCUCGAUGGGUCAAUCAUCUCGAGGACAGUGACAUGGCUGACAAGAGAACUAAACCACUGCUCAAAGCAUUACGCACGAACCUAAAACUCGCAAUAGACUACGGCCUCCAACGCUCCCAAUCCGACCUCAUCGCAUCCUUCAUGCAGACACUCAUCAUGAGCGAAGGUGAACGAUGGGUAAUCGACCAAACACACCUCGUUGCACUUGCUCUGCGUGCAGGGACGGAGGGGAAACCUGUUCGGACGGCUGAGACUAUCGUGAGGAAGUUCGCGACGAGGGAGCUGGGUAAGGCUGAGUUGAUUGCUUCGUUGGAGGAUUACAUAGCUAACGCUACGGCGGAUUUAUUAGUCUUAGCAGCAUGGUCAUGCAUGCUCGACUCGAUUCAAGGCGAACCUAUCCCAACGUAUUACUUCGCACGGGAUACGCGAGUCUUCAAUGCGUUUCAAGAACGACUGAACGAGUGCCGUGGAAGCCUCGCCCGCAUUAAUCGACGUCUAAAGUGGCAGAUUAGGGUCUUAGAAAAGGUGCUUGAAGGGAGACAUGAUACGUUUCGAAAAAAGAUUGAGUUAUUAGCUAACGAAUUGGACGAAGGUCUAGAUGUAUGAUACACACACGGCAUAACUUUAUUCUUUUUAGCAAUGAAUCCCGUGAAAUGCCCUCCUUGGCUUCGACGUCUUCAUCACAUGCUCUCUCGGGGUGCUUGAUUUUCAAUCCAUUUGUAUCCUCAUCACACGCUCGUAUAAGGUGCCGCACGAGUAAAAGAUCUCAACUCGAAGUGGCGUAUCAUCGAGCGAAUAUUAAUUCUUAAAUCCC